GAGUUCCCAAGCAGAAGGCGACUGAAGACACCAUGUCGGACGGAGGGCUUUUCAAGGCAGAGGUGAUCUAUAUCAGGGACUGUGAAAAACGUGGAGCAGGGGACAUGGUCCAACAGGAGACAUAUACUCGGUUGAUAUCUCCUCCUGAUCACACAACCCCACCCCAGACCCCUCCGCCUAUAAAUACCCAGCCAGAAAAUACAGUCCACCAUUUUGUAUCCGGGCCCGCUACUAUGGAAACAGCUGUUAACAAACACCAGGGCAUUUCUCAGCAGCAGUGGCACAACACCCCUGUGGGUGCUGAGGUCAGCUUGGAUCUCUUUUUAAAUAGAGAGUCUGACUCAGACGAGAGACUAAGCCCCGCUAACUCCACAGACCUGUUUCCUGCUUCUUCAAAGAGUCAGAGUCAGGAGUCCAUCCUCUCUGAGAGUUGGGACAAAGACAGGAGCUGGUCUGCACUGCAAAUGUCCCCUGAGACGUCUCGCGCAGUGUCCCCGUGCUCCUCAGUGAGAUCUGGCAUGUUCACCCCUUCUGUUGUGCGAGUCAAGAGGCACUCCCUAGAACCUGGCUCCAGUUUAAUCCACAUGCCGCCAACCUGCCUCUCACCAACUUGUUGUGCAAGUCCCUCCUCGUCCCCCUGUCCCCUGUCCCCCCGCUCCCGCCACAGGCCCCCUCCCACGCGGCUCUCCCUGCUAACAGCUAUCCUCCGAAAGGGCCGCCUGCCAGUCCUGUCCCCUACUCUGACUCUACAGAGACCCUACUCCCCCUGCUGGCCCAUUCACCAUGGGACUUCCUGUAAUGCCUGCUCUGCAGCCUCCAGUGUGGCCUCUAUUCCGCUGGAGGUGUUCUCAUCCAGGGCCCAGUCCUCAGCCUCCAUACACAGCCCAGCUCAGAGUUACCAUCACAGGGAUGGAUGUGUGUUAGAGUCCCUUAGAUCUGUCAAUGCACCCCUGUCCAUAGAGUCUAAGGAGCUUUCCACCUCAUGGAGAAUGAGGGCCAUCUUUCUGCCUCAUCCCACUCACCCAGUGGCACAGUUUCCUCUGCACGGAGCUCACAGAGCUUUCCACCUCACUCCCACCCUCUACACACCCCCUGGAUGUCCAUCACCUAAGCCCCUCACUCCCCCCUCUACACCCGACUGCUUCACCCUCUCCCCUUCUCCGGCGCCCCCGACCCGUGACCUUACUCCGUCUCCCUCUCUCUCCCUGCGCUCUACGCCCUCUCCAUGCCUAUGGAGGGAGAUGUCAGACUCCAUUGAUACAAAAAGAAAGCCACACAAGAUCAAGUUAAGCUAUAAAGCCCUCGCUGCAAUUCCCACAAACACUGUUCUGUUGGACCAGCAGGCAAUUGAUGAUCAAGUGGAAAAAGAAGGAGAUUCACAGGACCCAGUGGACAGACGUAAGAAAGAGGACACACAUGCAGAGAUGUGUUCCCCUGCACAGUUGCGAAAGCAGUCAGAAGAUCUGUACGCUGUCAUAGACGAAGUGUUAGAGGACCCCAUUCCAAUGACCAAGCCUGGCGUAAUUCGACCUGCCAAUAUUAUCCCAAGAUUGACAGAGGAAAAUUAUGAUGAAGCGUUUCAUCCAAACCCCUUCAAGCAAUAUCUGGACGAGUUGACUGUCAAUGACCAGAACAAGCUUGAAAACACACUUUUGGGAAAGCUGGGGGCAGAUGGCAUCAUAAGCUCUGGCAACCUGGCCUUGAACACAGAGAAGAACAGUGAGAAUAACUUAACAACAGAAGAGGAAGACAACAUCUCAAUCUCCUCACUGCUGAUUACUGAAUCUGAGGAGCCGAACGCUAACCCUGCAAAAGAUGGAUCCUGGCAAGGUGGUGCGACCUCUUUCAACCUUACCAAGGUGAAGAUGGAAGCCUUUGAGACGCACAUUUAA